AUGCAUAUCACACAACAACUUGGAGAUGGAGAAACAAAUCUUCAAACAUUAGGAAAAGUAUUAUGGGAGAUGGGAAAGCCUGAUCUGGCUGAAAAAUACUUUAUGCGCUUCUUAGAACAACUUUCAUCAAAUGUUCCUUUACUUGGUAGUUUGUACGAAGAUCUUGCCAAAGUCGCAUCACAGAACCGUCAGUAUGACAAAAGUCUUCAAUGGCAUCAAAAAGCUAUCAAUUUCAACAAAACAUAUCCAUCAAUUACAAGUUUAAAUACUAAUAAAUUAAUUAAAUCUAUUGGUAAGUUCAAUGAAAGAAAAAACCUACCAUUUUCAAGCAACUACUUCAUUUGA